AUGGAGCGAUAUAUUGAAGGGCUUAGCUUGCAUCACUGGUUCAGGCGCCAAAAGGGAGCGGUCCCCGUUAAGCAUGUUGUGCAAAGGCACAGGGGUCCCAAGGAAAGUGGGAGGCGGUCGGGACGCUACAGGAAGGACAGGAAAGGGGGGCGUGUGGACGUUCUGCAGCGCUGGGAUGAGAGCCAGGGAGCCAAAGCGACAGGAUCAAGGGCCAGGACGGGUGAGAUCGACAACAAUGUCACUGGCGAUUUCCAGGGCCAAGAGCAACAAAAAUGA